UUGCUACGGUUUAUUUUUCUAAUACCAGUAGAUUAGACGUGGCCUAUAUCUUUUUUUUACGUUUAGUCAUUAAAGUGGACUCAGAAAAAAAGAAAUGAACUCGGGGCCGGGCUAAUACUGUAGAUUAGAUUUUUAUGUAGAAGUUGUUAGCCCGCUCCAAGGAAUUUGAUAUGUAAAUUGAGGUAGAGAUCACAAUCAGUCAUUUUGAGACGGUACGUACAUUAUUGUCAUACUGACCAGAUGCUGGCAGACGACUUAAAACAAAGCCCAACAAAGCUGUAAUAUAAAAUAUAUUAUAAAGAUAUCUAGUCUUUUGAGACGGUCCCUAUCUGAGCGUGUCGUUGUGGCACGGAUGUUUUUCUUGGCGAAGAGAGGCGGGAUUCAGAUCAUAUGACCUCGCUGGAUGGGAGCAGCAUGGCGGCGUUGCAUGUCUCGCUGCACAACAAACUCUGGCAAUACUGUAUCUAUACCUACCCGAGCUCCAAAUAACACCGAGACCCCGGGCUAUCCCGCUCCGCUGUACAGCACAGCAACAUGGAGGACGAGCCCAAGCUACAGUUCCCGUCUCUGCCGGACUACAAAGAAGAAACACUGGACUGGGCAUAUCCCAUGAGGAGGGAAAUGCAGGAAAUAUUACCCGGCCUGUUUCUUGGUCCUUAUUCUGCAGCCAUGAAAAGCAAGCUACCGGUCCUUGAAAAGCUGGGAAUAACUCACAUAGUCUGUGUCCGGCAAGACAUCGAAGCUAAUUUCAUCAAGCCAAACUUUCCUCAGAAAUUUCGAUAUUUGGUCUUUGAUAUUGCAGAUAACCCUGUGGAGAACAUCAUUAGAUAUUUCCCAAGGAUGAAAGAGUUCAUUGACGGAUGUUUACAGAAUGGAGGAAAGGUGCUUGUUCAUGGAAACGCAGGGAUUUCUAGAAGUGCUGCCUUAGUAAUUGCCUACCUUAUGGAAACGUUUGGUGUAAAAUACAGGGACGCCUUCAGCCACGUUCAGGAAAGGAGGUUCUGCAUUAACCCCAACGUGGGAUUCGUGCACCAGCUACAGGAGUACGAAGCCAUCUACCUGGCUAGGCUCACCAUCCAGAUGAUGUCACCGCUGCAGCUGGGUCGCUCCUUCUCUGUGCAGGCAGGCACGGCAGGCAGUCGGAAGCGCACUCUCGAGGAGGAUGAUGAUUUCGGUGGAAUGCAGGUGGCGGCCGUGCAGAAUGGAUAAACAGAGAGAGAGAGGAGGAGGAGAGCCACCUGGCUUCACCACAUUGACUUACUCUUUUACAUUUUUAUUGAUAUUUAAAAAAAGAACAUUACUCAAACAAAAAAAUUAUAAUUCUAAAGACAAAUAGGUGUGUUAAUGUUUUAUAGCGUCUCCCAGUGCUGCAGCCGCCUCUAGAAAUGGGUGGUGGGAAGAAUGGGAGAAGAUUUAUUUUUUUCUUUUGAGAACUGACUGCACUGAACUUUUUUUUUUUUUUUUUUUUGCAGUUUCAUAGUAUUUAAUGCAUUUUCAUUAACUGCGGGGCGAUAUUGCAAUAAUGUACUUUGGAUACUUGAAUUGUAACUAUUUUUGGGGAGAGGGAGAAUUGUUAGUAAAAACAAUCCACUUUGGUCCUAUGCGCAGGUUUGAAGCAGAUGAGAGAAACCCUGAUCCAGAGUUUGCAGAAAACUACCUGAUUUUUGCAGACCUUUUUUUAAAUUAUUUUUUAAAGCACAAUAAACACUUCAAUAUUUCCCAUGAAGUGACGCUCGUCGUACUCUACGACUCUGCUGUCUUGUUGCACUCAAACUGUGCUUGUGGCAGUUUGUUUAGUGUUGUCCACUGGCUUAAGUCAUGGCAAGGGCAACACAUUUCCAUCCCUUCUGUUUUCCAGGUCUGCUGGAAACUGGCUGUGCUGCCUGGCACGCUGCAGGAGCAGGUUUCUUCAUUCUUUGUUGGGAAAACAUUUGGCAUUGCAGAUUUGCAAGUGCUACGUUUCUUUUGAUGUUUAUUAAUUCCUGUUCGUGAGGAUAGACUGCAUAUGUUGAGUAAUUUUAAUUUUAAGAAAGGUAGGGUUACCUUGUCACACAUUUUAAAUUGUCUUCACCUUUUGCAAAAAAAAAAAGAAAUAAAAUUGCAGUGAGUUUAUAAAUAGGAAGUCUUUGUGAGACGCAGGGUCUCCUGUCGAUUUUGGAAGAAUGUUGUAGUACAUGGAGAGAGAAAAGGAAUCUAAUGGUGGUUUUAAAUAAAAAUAAAUUCUCCAUGAGUUACUGCUCUAGCAAAACAAAAGUAUUCUGAAAAAUGUUCUAAUUUGUAAAAAAAAAAUAAUGAAAUAAAUCUUAAUGGUAUUUAUAAAAUGUUCAGUAAAUGCAGUUUGCUUAUA